AUGGAAAGAAAUGAUAGUUUUCGGGAAAGACAAGGUCGUCGAGAUUAUAACAAUCACAGACAGAGGCAGUAUAAUAAGUAUGAAGAUGAUCGAGAGGAGCCAGUCCCCGAAGAUCCCCGCGUUGACAGAAAUGACGAGGAUGGCUGGGAUUAUGAUGAUUAUCAAGCUGCUGGUUACCAUCACGAUCCACAAGAAUACCAACAUAAGCACAAUCGUUACAAUAAUCGGCCAUAUAAUAACCGUGGUGGAUUCCGAGGACGUGGUCGUGGUGGAUUCUAUCAUAAUCGUCAUUAUAAUAACCGUGACGACAAUCGCCGUGAAGUCCAAGAUGAUGACAGAGGUGAAAGAGAUAAUCGCGAGCUCAGAGAUGUAAAAGACGCUGUUGACAAAGACCGAGAUCAUGCCGAAGGCAAUCCGUAA